AUGGUGCUCAACGAUGUCGUACCUUUUCUCGUGCAGCACUGGCCUGCCGUGCUCGGCGCGGUGUUUGUCAUCCACAUCCUUCGAAACAAGUUCAACAAAGGCCUGCACAAGUACCCCGGUCCCGCUCUUGCGGCGUAUACAGACUGGUGGCGGCUCAUCGAUGUGUGUGGCCGGAAAACGGAGCAGACACACAUCCACCUCCACCAGAAGUACGGAGACUUUGUCAGGCUCGGUCCGAACGUCAUCUCCAUUGCGGACCCGAAGGCGAUCAAGACCAUCUAUGGCUUGAACAAGGGCAUGACGAAGUCCGACUUCUAUCCCAUCCAACAAGCCACGGCUGGCGGCCACCGUGUCUGGUCCCUCUUCUCGACCAAGGACGAGGACUGGCACGCCAAGUACAGACGCUGCAUCAACGGGGCCUUCGCCAUGAGCGCGCUCGUGUCGUACGAGCCGCUCGUGGACUCGACCGUCAACUACUUCCUCGACCAGACGGACAAGCUCUUCGCGUCGACGGGCCAGGUGUGCAACUUCAACCGGUGGCUGCAGUUCUUCGCAUUCGACGUCAUCGGCGAGCUCACGUGGAGCAAGCGGCUGGGGUACAUCGAGAAGAACGAGGACAUCGACAACAUCGUCGGCUUCCUGGCCAAGUUCCUCAGCUACGCCGCCGUCGUCGGGCAGCAGCCGUGGCUGGACCUCCUCAUCGACAAGAACCCGAUCAAGCUGGCGCUCCAGCGCUACGGCGUCAUCGGCAAGGUCUUCCCCAUCGCCAAGUUCGCGCUGAGCCGGCAGGCGGAGCGCGCGGACGAGAUGGACAAGAUCCGGCAACACGGGCUGCAGGUCGACGGCGCGAAGCGGACGGGCGGCACCGACCUGCUCAGCAAGUUCACGGGCGCGCUGCACGACCACCCGGAGUUCAUGACGGAGCGCAUGGUGCUGGCGGCGUCGGUCAGCAUGGUGUUCGCGGGGUCCGAGACGACGGGCAUCAGCCUCAGCGCGGCCUUCUACUACCUGCUGAAGCACCCGCGCGUGUACGCCAAGCUGAUGGAGGAGCUCGACGAGGCCGUGCGCAACGGCACCGUCGUCGACCGCGAGAACGGCGCCGUGACGUGGGCCGAGGCGCAGAAGCUGCCCUACCUCGACGCCGUCGUGCAGGAGACGUUCCGCAUGCACCCCGCCGCCGGCCUGAUGCUCGAGCGCGUCGCGCCGCCGCAGGGCAUCACCGUGUGCGGCCGGUUCGUGCCGGGCGGCACCAUCGUGGGCUGCAACGCCUGGGUGCUGCACCGGCGGCCCGAGGUCUUCGGCGAGGAUGCGCACGUCUAUCGGCCGGAGCGCUGGAUCGAGGCGCGCGGCGAGAAGCUGAGGGAGAUGAAGGCGACCAUGUUCCAGUUCGGCGGCGGGUCCAGGACGUGUCUCGGCAAGAACAUCAGCCUGCUGGAGAUAUACAAGCUGGUGCCCAGUUUCUUGCGACGCUUCGAGCUCGAGCUGGAGCACCCCGGCCAGGAGUGGAAGACGCAGAACCACUGGUUCGUGCGCCAGGUCGAGUUCAACACCCGCUUCAAGCCCCGGCCGCUCCACGCCACGGUUUAG